AUGAACGCUCCCGCUGCAUUCGAAUCAUUCUUGAUUUUUGAUGGAGAGAGAAAAAUAUCAGUUGAAAAUGACACCAAGGUACCUAAUGCUGCAGUGUUCACAAUCAACAAGGAAGAUCACACUUUGGGGAAUAUGCUCAAGCACCAGUUAUUGAAGGAUCCAAUGGUCUUGUUCGCUGGAUAUAAAAAUCCUCAUCCUCUCGAACAUAAGAUAUUGCUACGUGUUCAAACAACCGGACAAACCACUCCAGCAGAUGCUCUAAUCAAUGCUAUUACCGAUCUUAUCGCUGAGCUUUCACUAUUUGAGGAAAGAUUCCGGAAAGCUAUAAUCCAAAGUACUUAG